AUGAACACAUACAUGAGCUGGAAGCACGUGACAAGCUUGGCGGAGACAGAGCACGCUGGUCAGGCACGUGAGGCUCGAACGAUCUCCGUGAAAAAGCUGGGAGCAGUAGUGAAAGAUGUGUUCACCGAGAUGACUGGCUCUGCAUGGAGCUGGUCUUCCCUGCCCCUGGCAGGUUGGAAGUGUUCGUGGAACGAGACAGCCGACACGGAAAAGGACCAGGGGUGGAGCGACGCCAUGUGGACAAGCCCAGACAAGUCUCAUUGGCAGUGGGGCUCAGGCGAGUUGUCCAGCGACGCUCGCCGAGCGGACUAUAUUGACCCCGAGCACUGGAUGAAUUGGGCCGACUACAAGAUCUGGAAGCGGAAGAUCUUCAUAUGGCAGAACAACGCAGAUAUGAAGCAGUUGACGGUAGAGUUGCAGCGCAAGCUUGAGCAUCUUCCCGACCAAGUUCAGGAGGGAGCAGGAGGAGGGGCCCACUCAGUGAGGUAUUUGACGACAGACGCGAAGACCUGCGACGAGGCGCUGAGAGCUCUAAGAGAUCUGAAUGCGACGAAGAAGGAGAGUCUAACCUCGACUCGGGUGAAGACGACAAUGGCUGGCGAUUUUUCCGAAUGCGUGCCAGGGCGUGCCCGGGAAGACGUGCCCAGCCUGGAGGGCGUUCUUCUGAUGUGCAGCGACCUGAGCUCUAUGAGAUCGGGGGGCGAGAUGACCCAGCUGGGCGCCACGUGGAAGCAUGGCGGGGACUACACGCGACAGCUGAAAGUGGGCGGGAAGUCUUUCAGCGACCUCCACCCGUCUCUGGAGCGACCGACCGCGCAUCUGGUGGCAGAGACGACUGGGGGCAUCCGCAAGACCAUAAUGGCGAUUUCAGAGGUCAUCAUGCGGACGCAAUGCCGGGAGUGUAAGCAGAAGGGCCGCUGGGGGGGCGAGUGCCCGAACCCCCCUGCGGCCGGGCCCCCGGCGCCCUCCGCCGUCAUCGUCCCCGACAGUGGCGCGUCGGACUCGGGCCCGAUCUUGGCGGCCGUGGAGCAGGUGGAGAAGUGGGUCGACCGCGCCCGUGGGAUCUUGUCCAAGGCUCUCGCGGGCGGGCCGUGGGUCGACGGCGCCUUUCUGCAGCUGGCGGCCGGGCGUCUACAGGCUCCGCCCGGGGCCGGCUUCGUCGGUGAGCCGGCUGCGUUCAAGUGGAGGUCGGACCUGAAGCAGAAUGGCCACCGCGCCGUGCGGGCUCGAGUGCCUCGCGGAGAGAUCGCGGGCGGUCUGGUUCCCGUGCCGCCGCCCCCGCAGAAGUUCGACGCCCCGGCUGGAGACGCGGGGGGCGGCGGGUGCCUUGGCCAGGGGGACAGCCUGGCCGCCUCGACGGAGAGGGUUCUGUUCCGGGAGGAUCCGACCGUGAUGGGCUUGUUGCAGGCCGACAAGCCGCAAACCCUGGGGGGCCCGCUGAGUAAGCGGGCGCACCCCGAGGGGGCGGCCAGAGGCGCCGAGGCCCUUCCGCCGCCGCUCGGCGAAGGUGGCGGCGGCAACGGUUCUCCGAUGCAGUCGCAAGGGAGCGAGGCUCGGGACGGGGGCGAGGUGGGUGUCGCCGACGCCCGCGGCCUCUCCAGGGCGGCAGCACGGGGGACGAGUCGGCGUCGCCGCCACCCACGGCCUCUCUGGCGAGGCUGCUCUACCAGGCUUCGCCGGCGCCCGGGCCGCCUUCGGCGGCGCCGCCGCGUAUCAGAAGCCACCGCCCGCUGGGCAGGCUGCCGGGAGCGCCGCCGGCUCGACGACGGAUGGGGUGUCUCUGGCCCUGGCGACCGCAGGCGCCGCCGUGGCCAUGCGCGCGGCGGCCGCGGCCCUGCGCGCCGAGGGCGAGGCCGAGGCGGCACCGGCGAAGGAGGAGAGCUCCUUCGCCAAGUACUCGGUGGUGAUCUACAUCGCCCUCUGGUAUGUCUUCAACAUCGCGCGGCGGCGGGCAACAUCUACAACAAGACUGCGCUGAACAUCUACCCCUUCCCGUGGGCGGUUGCGCUGUGGCAGAUGGCCUUCGGCUGGUUGAUCUUCGUGCCCCUGUGGCUCACGGGCAUCCGCAAGACGCCCAAGCUGACCAUCAAGCAGGCGAUCACGCUCUCCCCGGCCGCCCUCGGGCACCUGGCCACGCACGUGGGCGCCGUGGUGGCCUUCUUCGCCGGAGCCGUCUCCUUCGGCCACAUCGUCAAGGCGUCGGAGCCAGUGGUAUCGUCGAUCCUGAAUGCCGUUUUCCUGGGCGAGGUGCUGGCCUGGCAGGUCUACGCCGCCUUGACGCCGAUCAUCGCUGGCGUGGCCAUCGCCAGCGCCUCCGAGCUGUCCUUCACGUGGCUCUGCUUCGGCGCGGCCAUGGGCUCCAACCUUGGCUCCGCGGCUCGCGCGGUCUACAGCAAGAAGGUCAUGUCGGGCGGCCAGAUCGGAGAGAACAUGGACUCUGCCAACACGUACGCUGUGCUCACCAUCAUGGCAACCUUCAUGCUCAUCCCGAUUUCCCUCGCCAUUGAGGGUCCCUCCGCCAUGCUGAAGGGCUUCCACGCCGCCAAGGCGGGCCACGGCCUGCCCUUCGUGAUGGCCAUGCUGUACAGCGGGUUCACCUAUUACAUGUACAACGAGGUCGCAUUCCUGGCCCUUGGGAAGCUGGACGCAGUCUCCCACGCAGUGUGCAACGCGAUGAAGCGGGUGGUGAUCAUCAUCGCGGCCAUCGUUGUCUUCAAGACGCCAGUAACGGCUACCGGCAUCGCCGGCAGCAGCAUCGCCAUCGCUGGAACCCUGCUCUAUUCCCUGGCGAAGAACAAGUAUCCCAGCAAGUGA